AUGGGAUUACCAGUAGCUACUCUACUAUUAGCACUGCUUGGAAUAAGCUCUGGUAAGAUCUUUCCCCUAUUUUAUUUUUCUGGAAAAGUGAAAAUUUCAGCUCAAUUAAUGUCACAAAUGGUAGCCCAGGUCAAAAUCACGGAUGCUCCGUAUCCUGUGGCAAAUGCCGAGCAGCUUAACCAAGUCAUUUGGACCAUGCACGGAACUCCGACCAAGGAGGCCAUUUAUUGUGUUUCCGAGGCACCUGUCUCCCAGCUUCGCUUCGUUUGCACUGACUGCGUCGAAAAGAACAUUACGGACAUGGUGAAUGUUUUGAACGCGGCUCAAGACAUCACUCGUCGUGUUGGAUUUCCGGUGAGUAGGGGACACAUCCAUCCGCACUUGUUUAACGACCUUCUGUAAGAAUUUCCGUCGGUUUUUCUCAAUAGCCACUCCAUAAAAUAGUGUUCAAAUGUUUCUCUUUCUAUUUCAUGGCCUUCAGUUUUUCUCUUUCUCUCCUACUUCUUCUACGCGCCAAAAUCCGACAUAAUCUAAUCUGGGCAGUUCUUGUUUUCUUCUCUCUCCCUCUUUUUCUCUCCCUCGACUUCGGCUUCUCAAAUCAAUCAAGUCACUAGAAUGAUUAAUGGGGUAAAUCUUCAAAAAAUGAGGCACUGACUGACAUCAUCUCGUUUUACACUUUCUUCUACCGUACUCGCGACAUUCAUAAAUCAUACCGUUAAGCCGAUAACGACGCGCUAGAAGUCUCUCAUUUACGCGCUCCCCGUUCGAGGACCGUCAAAAAAGGGAAGCGGACGUUCUGAUCCGGACAACUCGGCGGAGGAUAAGCCUAUCGGCGGGAGGGUCAAGGCUGGGGCGGCACAGUGCAUGCAACACAAAGGUCUUACCCAUCACGCCCUCGUGUCUGUUUGGUCAUUUUAUGCCGGGGAUUAAGAAUACAGAAAGGCAUGGAGAACGGAACGGACGGGAUUAAUCCCGUAGAGCGGGGGUGCGAAGCCAAGAAAAACGGCGUUUUAGAUGAUACAUUUUUUGAUUGAUCGUCUUCAUAAUUCAUCACUUUUGGAGACAGAAUCAUCGAUCAAAUGAAAAUGAAGAAUCAACCGUCCUGCUUUGAAUCUGAUCGAAUUCUUACUAGAAAGACCCAUAGAAAGGCUCCUCUUUUACCUCGGAAAACACAGUUUCGAUGUCAAACUCAAGUGUCUUUGACCGUCACCGUUUCAUUAUACGGCUAGUGUACAACACAGUCGAGUCGAUUCUAAAUAGUGCACAUAUUCGGUUAGUGGGAUUCGGUUGUGUUUGCGUAACGGAGAAACGAGAUGCGCGUGUAUAUUCAUAACCGCUUUCUCUUCCUUCCUUCCUUCCCGUUCCUCAAGGUUGCUCAAACACUCUGAGGUCGCUGUCGUGAUGAGUGCGAGUUGGGGUGUAAUGCAUUAGUACUCAUAUGAUGUGUUAGGAUUUCACGGAUCAUCAGGUUCCGUUCUGUCUUCCACUAAUUUGAUUAUAACGAUUAAUUAGAACGGAAGCCUGCGCACUGAAUACCCUUAUAAAGUGGUAUCGUACUCUAUCAAAAAUGACCCUUUUUCGCAAAGAAAGAAUUGGUCAAAGGUCUUUCUCCCGUUCUCCAAACAAGUAGAAGCGGACAGCGCACUUUGAUGUUGCCGACAACUUGCAUUUCCGAAAAUUGAUACAUUCGAAACGAAUCAGAGACAAAGGGUUAGGAAAAGAGGGCUAACACCCUUCUAUCGUUCCAUUCAUCUAGAUGGUGCAUCUUUUCUUUAAGACCGCAAUCAAACGCGAUAAUCUGAGGAGAAAAAGAACGAAUGGGUCACACAGAAUAUUGCGCAGCACAUUGCGUUAACGCUAUACUUUCUGCUGAUAAGAGCAUCUUUCCCAUAACAUAGAGUCAACCUUUCCGUUUUAUCGAUGAACUCGGGGCAAACAGAAACUUGACGACUCAAACUGAGGAAACUAGGAAAGAAACACGUGUUCCGUCUCAUUAGUCAAAAACCGUAACGGAUGUGUUCGGGCAGUUCAGUUCACCGACGCAUCCGAUGUCACUUUACGCGUCAUUUCUUUGUGGCGCCCGCACCGACGUUUUUGUAUUAAUGUCCAAUUUCGUCGGUGUAACCACAUCACAUUUCAAUGUCACUCAUUCACACAAAAGUUUUUGGGGCAGAAAAUGAUGGAAGAUACGAAGAACGGCUGACUCAUCAUUAACAUUUUGAAUGCUCGAGGUUUUUGCAGGCUGUCACACUCAAGGAUAUUGCGGUGAACACUAAUUGGACCGGUGCGACAAUCAUGUGUCAGGCGGCUCUGAAUGGAGGUACGAGUAGAGGGUGCUCUCGAAAAGCACCUGGACCCAUUACGCAAUGAAUGCAAUAUUGUAAUGCUUUAGGGACCGUCGAUUCUGCCCCAGCGACUGUCGACGUUCGCUAUCUCCGUCAGCCACAUGUUGUGGAUUCAAACGGACAAUCGCCGGUUUUGAUUGGAAACCAGGGAUACAGGUAGGACAGACGAUCGGUCGGGGCACAGGCCAACACGUUUUGAUGUUGCCGAUAGAGGGUGGUUAUUAAAAAAGAACUGUACACACGAACAGGAGAAUUGCCAACACGCGGCGAGGGGUUAGGUUGUAAAAUAAUUAGUGCAAUUUCGUCGGGUUACUACAAAAAGGAAAAAGAAAGUGGCAUUCAUUUUUCUAUUCAUAAAAGAUCUAAUUAGAGGGUCGUACAAGACGCUUUACAGAUUCUUUGUUGAAUGCGUACGUGGGGCUGAUAACAUGUGCCAGCAAAGUGGAAGACGGAAGACCCUCAAGUGCAACGUUCAAUCCAAUCCCCCGGCCACCCAAUACCGCUGGUUGAAGAACGGAAGUCCAAGGUAAAUUACCUUUUAUUGCAACAUUCAAACCAUCCAUCAAUUACAGUGGAACUGGCGCCGAAAUCACGAUUGGAACGGAAAUGAUCGGGCAAUCAAUUCAAUGUCAAGCCAAUAACGGUCUUCACGACGAGUCUAACAUGCCACUGUCGCAAGCCGUUCAAAUUGAUCCAUAUUGUACGCAGAAAAACGUUUUCAUUGCUUUUAACCAAUUUGCCUUAAUUUCAGCGUCGGCGAAACUUUUGAAGGACAACUUCCAACAAUUGCAAUCCACGUCGCCGUUCCUCUCCAACAACCGAAUUGAGAUGAACCAGCAAGUCAACCUGGGAUGUCAAGUUGAGGGAAAUCCACGUCCGAUUGUCUAUUGGAGAAUGAGAAAACCGAAUGGGGACGUGGUCAAUGCGGCGUGUCCGCAGGGAUUGGAGGGACAGUAUCAGGAAAUGGAAGUUGCCCGAUCCGCGAAUAUUGUCCGUCUCAAUGCUCUUUGUUCUCUCCGCAUCUCCAACUAUUCCUACUCCGGACAGUACUGGUGUGCCGCGUGCUCCCAAGUCAGCCAGGGAGAACCAGAAUGCUCGCCAAGCCUCGACACGCCCGGAACAACGAGCCUCAACGUGCAAGUCAUCGGAGCCCCGAGCAACUCUGACGCUCCGCCGAGCAUUGAACAACGCGGAAAUGAUGCUACUGUUCUUGUUCACUAUUGCGCGGAACCGAUGCCGCGACCUCCGAGAGAGAUCGUGUUCAGUGUGGACCAGAAUGACCUUCAGGUGACAUAUCCAUAAUUAGAGAGAGAAGAGAGUAGUCUGAGGCUAAGGAAGUGCACUUUCUAAUAACUCGCGUAUGCAUCUUCUCUCUUCUCGCCGUUUAAUGACUUCGGCCUCAAUUUGAUGCGUAGACGCAUAUGAAUAAACAAAUUCAUUGUCGAGAGAGAGAGAAACCAGAAUUUAGCCCGAAAAAACAACCAAAUAAUAUUGCAGGUUGGACAAUCAUGGGAGAACUUCCACUUCGAUUCGGCUGUUACCAAUAACACGGUCCCCAACUGUUACAUUGCCCGAUUGACCAUUUCUCCAGUCCGCGAGGAAGAUCAGUACCGUCAAAUCGCUCUCAAACUCCAGAACCAGUUCGGAUCAAAACAGUGAGUAGCGAGUGAGACUUUGAGCAAACGGACCACACUAUUCAAAUAGGGUACCCUCUGCUAUGCUAUUUACCUAUUCAAGAGCGUGGGGGGAAGGUCGCGGCACGCAUUAUUGUGUCCGAAAGGAGAGCCCACAGAGGGAGGGGUCAAAUCCCACGUGAGGUCAACCCUUGCUUCUGCCUUUCUUUUCCGACCUGAGGGAUAUGCAAAUAAAGACAAUAAGAUUGUAGUGAAAGGAAGGAGGUUACGGUUAUGAAGACGUCAAGUAUUUGUGUCACUUGUGGAAGUGUUUUAUGGGAAAAUGGUUGAAUGACAGUGGACAAUUGAGUGUAUGAAUGGAUGGGAGAAUGGCAAGCAAAUGUUUUCUUUCCAGAAUUCCUGUGUCCAUGGAUGCUUUGUUGGGAGGGGACAGUACGAUGGUUGGAAGGAUACCUUCGUGGUGGGUCAUCGUGCUCAUCGUCGUCGCAGCUUUACUAUUCAUCAUUUGCAUUGUCACAAUUUGUGUGAGACGACGUAAGAAUUCGAAAACUUUGAAUGGAAACAAACUUCACACAUUUUCAGGAGUAAAAGAACAUCCAGACUACAGUGAACCGAAAGCUAAAGCCAAGUAAGUCUAAAACAUCUCAAGCAUGGUUGAAUUGUGACAUUUUCAGUUUGAAUUCUCGGGAAAACUUUUUCGAGACAGGACCCGAUGCUCCUCGACUGUUCGCACAACAUCCUCCAGAGGUAUGCGAUCCAGCGUAUGGCGUCUAUUUGAGUCGCGAAGCUGUCGUCUGA